AUGACAGCUGCGUUUGUGGGACAGUUUCACUUCUUCCUGCUUAUGGGACAGUUUCACUUCCUGCUCGUGAAAGCUCUUGUCACCUUUGACUGUUGCAAUCUUAUGCCUCUGACAGAAAAAGGUGAACGUGUCCCUGUGGGUACAGGCGGCUCCUCAGGCAAAGGCAGGUCAGAUGCUGACCUGGUGGUAUUCUUUACCAAUCUCACCAGCUUUGAGGAUCAGUUAAAGCGACAGGGAGAGUUCUUCCAGGAAAUUAAGAAACAGCUGCUCACGAUUCCCAAUGAGACACAUAUUUGUAUGAAGGUUAAUGUCCAGAAUCCAUGGUGGGCCAACCCCCGGGUACUCAGCUUCAAACUGAGCUCCCCCCAGCUCCAGCAGGAGGUGGAGUUUGAUGUGCUGCUGGCCUAUGAUGUCCUGGGUCAUGUUGGUAUCUACGGCAAGCCUGACCCGCAAAUCUACACCAACCUCAUCAGAGAGUGCACCAAUAAGAAUCUGGAGGGCGAGUUCUCCACCUGCUUCACAAAGCUCCAGAGAAACUUCCUGAAGCAUCGUCCACCCAAGCUGAAGAGUCUCAUCUGCCUGGUCAAGCACUGGUACCAACUGUGCAAGGAGAAGCUGGGGGAGCCGCUGCCCUCCCAGUAUGCCCUGGAGCUACUCACAGUCUAUGCCUGGGAACGAGGGAGUGGAGCCCCUGAGUUCAACACAGCCCAGGGCUUCCGGACAGUCUUGGAACUGGUCAUCAACUACAGGCAGCUUCGAAUCUACUGGACAGUGUAUUAUGACUUUCAACACCGGGACAUCUCUGAUUACCUGCACAGUCAGCUCAGAAAAGCCAGGCCUGUGAUCCUGGACCCAGCUGACCCAACAGGGAACGUGGCUGGUGGGAAGCCAGAAGCCUGGCAGCGACUGGCUGAAGAGGCUAUGGCCUGGAUGGAUUACCCGUGCUUUAAGAACAGAGAUGGUUCCCGAGUGCGCUCCUGGGGUGUGCCGGCAGAGGCUGAAGAGCCACAGGAAUGUGUUCCAGGAACACAGCAGCACCAGCCCAGAAAGCUCUGGAGUCGGAAUGUGCUCUUCUGCUGCAAGCCUUGA